UUGUGUCUGAGGGUCCGGUUCGCUCACUCGUGCGCGCACUCACCGUUUUGCCGUGGCUAGAAUCCAUUCGCGUUUCACCACCACCGGGGAGCCACUGCCGAUGUGUUGUUGCUGGACGGGAAAUCUGAAAAUCGUUUCUGCCGUCAAACGAUGCGACACUGCAUUCGGCUCGAUUAAAUUGCACCGUUGUGCACGGGUGGUCCCAAAAAGGAAACUUGAAGUAGAGUGUGUUCAGUGAAUGUUUACAUAUCUCUCAGCAUAUCUGAGUCCAGGCGUGUGAUAAAGCGUCCAAAGUGUGUGUGUGUGUUUGAGUGUGGGAGUGUCUGUGUGAAUUUAUCUGCUAUCUGGAGUGCUGCAACCCAUUGUCGAAGGUGCCGCAAAGUUGACAACAUCGCAUCGCGCGCAAUAGUGCUACCAAAGUCACGUGGUGCUUGAAACUCGGGCAAAUCCUGCCUCACUAAUCCGGGCGGUCGUUUGUUGCUGGCGGUGGCGAGCUAUUGUGGUCUACAGAAGAAGUGUGUGUGUGUGCUGUGUGUAUCUGUGUGUCACGAGUGGCAUCAAAAUAGGGCAUGCGAAUGUGUUGAGUGCAGGAAACAGUGCAGGAAGGGCUUCCGUCGCGCUAUACAGUUGAGUUGCAGCAGCGUAUGCACAGCACGCGGCUUUCGCCGCAUUCUGCUGCCAGUGGAGUGUGGGGCUCUUGAAGCUGGCUCCGGGUGUUAAUGCGUCGCCGAGCGUGAAUGUGAGCUGCGCAAGGAAGCAUCGGUUCGUGUCCGAACGCACAAGGAAUAGGUCGCGGUAGCGGUGUGCUGCAAGAAAUUGCCAUUAAAGCGCUUCGAUCGGCUUAGGCGGCGGUCUUCGUCGAGCGAAAAGUCAUCGGCCACCGUUCGGGUUCCUGUGCCAGCGGUGCAUCCUGCCACCGGCGCCCAUCACGCCAUCACCCACCGUAGCUUCCUUGCCCCUUGCUUCCCUUCCUCGCGCCCAAUCUCCUUCCCAAUCUCCUGAGCAGCCCACCCUCCCCGAGUUCGAGUGUCCCAUCCGGCGGUGCGUUUUUUUGCGGAUUUCGGAAAACGAAAGGAGGAGGAGGAACGGGAACGGGAGCGGACCGCGGCAGCGGCGGCCCACCACUGCCGCCGGGACCAUCCGCACCACUGCCAGCACCAUCACCACCAUCAGCAUCUUCACCGUCAUCCCCAUUCAACCCCUCCGGCUGGCUCCCCUUCCUCCGGGUCUUUAUCGCUUGCGUCAUCGCCCUCCACACCCCCAUCCCCGGCUAGCUUACCGCCGACGGCCGCUUCUGGUGGGGAGCCGGCGAAGCAGCACCGCACGACCACCGCCGGGCUGUUGCGGUCCGCGCGCGACAGCUUCAUAGGGCGGAGGCAGCCCCAGCAGCGCAGCAGCGGAGCAGUGGCGGCCUGCAGCAGCAGCACGGUCGGCACCGCAGAACCACCACCGCCCACCGUCACCUCGCCGCUGCUCGCGAAAGCGAAGGAAAGGUGCAAACUGUUCAGCAUGCAGCGCCAACAGUACCAACACUGCCACUCACAGUCCAUCGAGAUGGACGUUUACGACACGGAAGGUGAACCCACCGAUGAUCAACCCUUCGUGUCGAAAGGAGAUAAAAUCGAUACAAAUCUGUACCUUUACUCGGAUGACAUUCAGGAACGUCCCCAUGUCACCACGCUCAUUUCGUCCCUGGCAAACUACUCGAAUACGAUCGCACCGGCACCGACGGAUCCCGAUGCCAAACCAGCACCUGCCGCCGCCCGCAUGGGCACACUCAUCGGUGUCUACCUGCCGUGCAUACAGAACAUUUUCGGUGUCAUUUUAUUCAUCCGUUUAACCUGGGUUGUCGGUACGGCUGGAGCCAUAUUCGGGUUUUUAAUCGUAUUAUGCUGUUGCUGUGUGACGAUGUUGACUGCCAUCUCCAUGUCGGCUAUCGCCACGAACGGGGUGGUACCGGCGGGCGGCAGCUAUUUCAUGAUAUCGAGAUCGCUGGGGCCCGAGUUUGGUGGCGCUGUCGGGAUGUUGUUCUACACGGGAACAACUUUAGCAGCCGCCAUGUACAUAGUCGGUGCGGUAGAGAUCGUACUGACGUACAUGGCACCCUGGCUCUCAAUAUUCGGCGACUUCACCAAGGACGCAUCGGCAAUGUAUAACAACUUCCGCGUCUACGGUACCGGUCUGCUGUGCGUGAUGGGUCUGAUCGUGUACGUUGGUGUAAAGUUCGUGAACAAAUUCGCCACCGUCGCGCUGGCCUGUGUCAUCUUCUCGAUCAUCGCUGUCUACGCUGGCAUUUUCGAUAACAUCGAUGGAAACGAUAAACUAUUCAUGUGCGUGCUAGGAAAGCGAUUGCUGAAGGACGUUGCCGUCGCCAACUGCUCGAAGGAUGAGGGCGGUGUGCUGUGGAACUACUUCUGCGCCUCCGGCGAAUGUGAUCCCUACUUCAAAGAGCAAAACGUUUCGCUGGUGCGCGGCAUCAAGGGGCUGAAGAGUGGUGUCUUCUUCGACAACUUGUUCCCAUCUUUCCUGCAGGAAGGGCAGUACAUUGCGUACGGUAUGGAUCCGGAGCACAUUGAACCACUGGACCGUCCGAGCUACAACCAGGUGUACGCUGACCUUUCGACUGCCUUCACGAUUCUGAUCGGUAUCUUCUUCCCGUCGGUAACUGGCAUUAUGGCUGGCUCGAACCGUUCCGGCGAUUUGGCGGACGCACAAAAAAGUAUUCCCAUCGGUACGAUUGGUGCCAUCGUGACGACCUCGACCGUGUAUCUGUCGUGCGUGCUGCUGUUUGCCGGCACCGUCGACAACCUACUGCUGCGUGACAAGUUCGGACAGUCCAUCGGUGGCAAGCUGGUGGUCGCGAACAUGGCCUGGCCCAAUCAGUGGGUUAUCCUGAUCGGCUCCUUCCUGUCCACGCUCGGUGCCGGGCUGCAGAGCUUGACCGGCGCGCCCCGGCUGCUGCAGGCCAUCGCGAAGGACGGUAUCAUCCCGUUCCUGGAACCGUUCGCCGUCUCGUCCAAGCGCGGCGAGCCGACGCGUGCCCUCAUCCUGACGCUGCUCAUCUGCCAGUGCGGCAUCCUGCUCGGCAACGUCGAUCUGCUCGCACCGCUGCUGUCCAUGUUCUUCCUGAUGUGCUACGGCUUCGUCAAUCUGGCCUGCGCCCUGCAGACGCUGCUGCGCACACCGAACUGGCGGCCACGCUUCAAGUACUACCACUGGUGCUUGUCGCUGAUUGGGCUGACGCUCUGCAUUUCCAUCAUGUUCAUGACCUCGUGGUACUUUGCGCUGAUUGCGAUGGGAAUGGCCGUGCUAAUUUACAAGUACAUCGAGUACCGUGGUGCCGAGAAGGAAUGGGGUGACGGUAUCCGUGGUAUCGCCCUGUCCGCCGCCCGCUACUCGCUGCUCCGCCUGGAGGAGGGCCCGCCGCACACGAAGAACUGGCGCCCGCAGAUCCUGAUGCUGGCCAAGCUGAACGACGACUUUACGCCCAAGUACCGCAAGCUGUUCUCGUUCGUCUCGCAGCUGAAGGCGGGCAAGGGUUUGGCCGUGGUCGUGUCGCUCAUACCGGGCGAUUUUACGCGGCGGGCGGGCGAGGCCGCCGCCGCCAAGCAAGCGCUGCGCAAGGUCAUGGACGACGAGAAGGUGAAGGGCUUCUGCGACGUGCUGGUGGCUUCGAACAUUGCCGAUGGACUCUCACACGCCGUGCAAACCAUUGGGCUCGGGGGCAUGAAGCCGAACACGGUCAUCAUCGGCUGGCCGUACGGUUGGCGUCAGAGCGAGGACGAUCGCACCUGGCACGUGUUCCUGCAAACGGUGCGCCACGUUAGUGCCGCCCGGAUGGCGCUGCUCGUCCCGAAGGGCAUCAACUUCUUCCCGGCCAUCGGCGAUAAGAUUGCUGGAAACAUUGACAUCUGGUGGAUUGUGCACGACGGCGGGCUGCUGAUGCUGCUGCCGUUCCUGCUGAAGCAACACCGCUCGUGGAAGAACUGCAAGAUGCGCAUCUUCACCGUCGCCCAGAUGGAGGACAACUCCAUCCAGAUAAAGAAGGAUCUGAAGAUGUUCCUGUACCAUCUGCGCAUCGAAGCGGAAGUGGAGGUCGUUGAAAUGAUGGAUAGCGAUAUCUCGGCGUACACCUACGAGCGGACGCUUAUGAUGGAGCAGCGCAACCAGAUGCUGAGAAAACUUCGUUUGAACAAGCGCGAAAAGGAGAACGUGGUGGAUAACAUGGUGGAGUUCACUCAGGCCACCGCUAACGGAGAGGAUCGAACACCGCUGGUACAAGCCAUCGUUGACCAUCAUCAUCACAAUGACAACAAUACCAAGACCGCGUCCAAGGUUCGGUUCGCUGAUCCAUCCGAGAACAAAGAGGCCGGAAGCGAGGAAGCCGACCGGGAGGAAAAGAAUGAGACUGAAUCCGAAAAGGACAAGGACACCAAAGAAGCCACCGAUAGCGACAAGGAAGCGGCCGGUGCCGAAAAGCUGGCCAACAAUGUGUCCGUCUCGCCCGUCAAGGAUAAGAAGGCCGGCGGCGAUGCAGCGAAGGUGGCGGACGACGUAAAGUCUGCCUUCAAACCGGACGAGGGCAACGUCAGACGGAUGCACACGGCUGUGAAACUGAACGAGGUUAUAGUGAACAAAUCGCACGAUGCUCAACUGGUCAUACUCAAUCUGCCCGGCCCACCGAAGGAAACGUACAUGGAGCGGGAAAGCAACUAUAUGGAAUUCCUGGAGGUUCUUACCGAAGGUCUCGAGCGUGUGCUGAUGGUGCGAGGCGGCGGACGGGAAGUCAUCACGAUCUACUCUUAAAUCGCUAUCGCGCCUGCCGACAAAACCACACUGAUCGUAUGUACGGGUGAGUGUGUGUGUGUGUGUGUGUGAGUGACACACACACAUCUCGCCAACAACAACAACAACAACAACAGCAACGGGCAGCAAACGCUUCGUCCAGUUUUCCAGCCCGCUUUCCGCAAGGACACGUUUCGUGGGGGGGGAGGGCGGGCAUGCGUAACCGAUAUUACGAACUCAUCCAUCGAGGCCAUCGUAUUUUAGCUGUAAGAAUGUAAACGCCCUUCUUCCCAUUUCCUAAUGAACACGCGAAUGUACCAACAUACACAAACAAACACACAUACAUACACAACGUAAUGGAAGCAGCUCUCGAAACCGAAACCAAAAACAAGGAAGAGAAAAACAAGCUCGAUCAAAUCAAUGGGUGUCUGGGAGAUCGCCCACAAGUAAGGCUAGCUUUUCGAAUAGAAGAAUACCCGUAGUAUGUUAAGGCGUUAUUAAGUGUCGUGUGCGGUUCGGGUUUUGUGCCAUUGGAACGGCUCUAUCUUUUUACACUACUGGUGUUUAGUGCUGGGCGAGGGGAUGGGGAGUGUUAUGGAAGGGGGAUACGAAAAUGUGUGUGUGUGUGUUUUGGUCUAGUUAAUGCCGAUAGGCUGAAAGGAACCCCGAUCGUCGGUGUUUGUGUUGUGUACGUUGAAUUUGCUAGUUUAAUCACGAGAGCAUCGUCGCAUUCAAAACCACCGAAAUCGUACGUGGACAGAAAGCCCAUAGAGAUUCCCAACUAUUUGUUAUUCCUUAAAGUAUUUAUGUUUUAUUUUCCAAUUAGCUCCAAUCAUUUCCCAUCCCCUUAAAAGCACACACACAAAAAGGCACUGGCGUAUCGAUAGCUCGAUCGUUUACCGAAUCUGUCGAAUACGAAUACAGUUGGAAAACGGAUGUGCUGUGGCCGGUACAAAGUACAAACUCCUCUAGGUAACACACACACACACACUAAAAAGGGCCCUUCAUUGCAUUACAUGACAAGGCAUCCAAUUGCAUCCCAUGCCUGACUUCCCCGAACCCGGUAAAUUCGAUGUGAUAAGUUCAAACAAAACAUUUAACUGUUAUUAAGCUCUGCGCGGGAGAGGAUGGGGAUGACGAAAGCGCUCUCGUCACACACACACACACACUUACAACUGGAGACAACUGGUCAGUUUAAAUUUCCCACACAAGCAAUAGACAGUGAUGAGAAUGUGAUGCGUUGCGUUGUUUCUGUGUGUAUCCCACUCCCCCCGGAACAAGAUAAACACAAAAAAAAACCCCCAAACUGUUACAGUAUAGUAGAACUCUUACGUGCCUAUAGUCUGUUAACAACUCGAACCGAACGCAACGCGCGGAAAUGGAAAACAAAAGUAUUUGAAUGAAUGAUAUAAAGAAGGGAGGAAAAACAAAGAAGAGCAGUGCAAAAAAAGAAGUACGAAAUACACCGUAACACAACACAACACACACACACAACUAAAUACGCAGAGCUAAUAUUUCCAAAACUCGAUACCAAAACAGAAAGACUUUGCCAACAAACAAACAAAAAACAAAAACUGGCGGAAAAGCGAAGAUGCAAACGAAACAAGGCGAAUUAGGUAAACCCGUGCAGGUGUUGACUAAAUGUCUCCCUCCACACCAACCAGCGGAUGCCAGCCUAUUGAUUCGCUUGUUUUCCGUCCCAGUGUACUUGUGCUUUCGUUGCGCCGUUUAGUUGUCUGCUUUACUAAACACUAAGUAAUUUGUUCGAUUUUUUAGCUUUUAUUUUUACGUUUGUUUUGUUUUCUUUUUUGUUGUUUUUUAUCACUGAAUGAGUUAUAGAUUUACUUUCACUUGAUCGCAGUAAUCGGAGCGGUUUAUCGAUUGUGAAACGGGUUGUGCUUUUGUUUUUCUUUGUUUUAUACGAAAGAAAUGUAUAUUUUAGUAGUUUACUUCUCAGGUAAGUGAGUGUUUUUUUAUUUUUGUUUUCCGUGUUACUAUUAUUUUUGUAUUCAUUUAUUUAUCUAUUUCAAUAUCUAUUUCUUUACUGUAGCAAAUGGACAAAUGAAGCUUAUAUUAAAAAAUAAAUAAAACAAAACGGAUUUAAUCGGUGAGUGAAUGACAUACCAAAAUUCCUCGGCCUACUAUAACAAACCCACGUUACAACAAAACAACAACAAACUCGCACAUACACACAAACACACAUUUACAGAACGAAUAGUACUGAGAGAGAAAAAAAAAGCAAAGCAAACAAGUAAAAUGAAUACAACCAAGUCUACUACUACCGUUCAACCAACGAACGAACCUUCACUUACCUUCAUUGGCAAAGCUGAAACGAAGAAAAAAAAAACAAAACAAAAACACGAUAUAAUGCAGUCUUUUGCGUACCAUAGAUUUAUUAGCAAGUAGACACAUGACGUAACACGCAACACCGUAAACACAAUAUAAAAGUAUAAAGCAUUGAAGCUCACAGCACACCAGGCGUAACACAAAAAGGGGAAAAGAAACUACAAAACGGUCGAUCGAUGAGUACAUGUGGAGCCCUUCGAACGCGACAUUUACUAAACAAUAACAACAAAACAAACAAAGAAAUGAUAUUAACAUAUUUAAGACUGUGUUUUUAUGUUGAAUUUUUGUGUCUCCGUUUAUUACGUACAUAUAUGCCAUACAUUAUGGAAGUAGGUAUAUAAAAAAAAAAACAAAGAAACAUGGACAAGUACGCGUACGUGUUAUGUGUGUGUGUUGUGGAAGGAAGAGAACACAAAACGAAGCGAAAGCGUAAAGGAGAAGAAAGAAAAACAGCCAAAUCUCCCACCAUGCUGAACAAACAAACAAACAAAUGUCAAAUGUGCGGUGGGCUUAGUGGGCAACAAAAUUCAACACUUAACAUUUACCACGUUUUGCGAAUAUAUUACAAACAAAACAAAACAAAACAAACAAAAAAGAAAGCAUACUUAUAAUGAUAUAAACAGUAACGCAUGUAGCUGUAAGUCAUCGCCGUUGGGCAUCGAUCCAGUCGGAAUCCAGUCCGGCGAAACUGGAACAUUCAAGAACAACAACAGCAGAACAACAAUAAUAUACAAAAGCUGAAAACUUCUUUAUCCUUCAUAUACCCACUCACACACCAUAACGAGCAUAUGCAUAGAUUGUACGAUCUCUAGGACACUUGCUUGCUGGUGAUGGCUGAUGGCUGCAGCAGAAGCGAAAUGGUCAAACAAA